GCCCACAUGACCGGUAUCUGGAGAAUCACUGUUAAGGAUGGAUGAGAGACGCAGGGCAAGUUCCAUUGACAGAAUGAGAAAAAUGAAAACGAAUGCGCUUGGAAAUGAUCUAUUCAACCUUCCUAACCCCUACGACAGAACAUCCAUCUCGUCAUCAGCCUGAAUCAAGCACCAGAGCAAAGGAAAACGAAGCGUGCUCAACUCUACUGGCUGUGGCGCGUCCUAAAAAAAAGACCAGAGCCCCUUCCCCACCUCGCAAGGGUCCUCUCUCCCACCCUGCGCGUAAAUCACACGCCUCGGAAGUUUUGCAUUAGAGAGCCCAGCAGGGGAGGAAAUUGUCUGCAAGUAGAGAAAGUAGAACUAGAGCAGUCCGAGGAGAUUGAAAGGGCAAAACUAUCACGCAAGAAAACUGUACCUAUUACACCAUUCUUUGGCGAAGGUUAUUCAGCAGUUGUGACCUCUCCCAACCGGACACUCUACAAAUUAUUAUCUCUGGACUCCCAGCUGACACCCUGCCGGAGGCAAGAGCUACUAAGCCAACUGGAACUGUGCCUUUUCUCUUGUCAAGGUUUUUUUCUUACACAGGAAAAAGAAAGAAAAAAAAAGAUGAAGUUGGGCAAAGUGGAGUUCUGCCAUUUUCUGCAGCUAAUAGCUCUUUUCCUGUGUUUUUCUGGGAUGAGUCAAGCAGAACUCUCAAGGUCCAGAUCAAAGCCCUAUUUCCAAUCAGGGAGGUCCCGGACCAAGCGCAGCUGGGUGUGGAAUCAGUUCUUUGUGCUGGAGGAGUACAUGGGUUCAGACCCCCUCUAUGUAGGAAAGCUUCACUCUGAUGUUGAUAAAGGAGAUGGUUCCAUCAAAUACAUCUUGUCAGGCGAAGGGGCAAGUUCCAUUUUCAUUAUUGAUGAGAACACGGGGGAUAUUCAUGCCACCAAGAGGCUUGACCGCGAGGAGCAGGCCUACUACACCCUCCGCGCCCAGGCGCUGGACCGGCUAACCAACAAGCCCGUGGAGCCCGAGUCGGAGUUCGUCAUCAAGAUUCAGGACAUCAAUGACAACGAACCUAAAUUCCUGGAUGGCCCGUACACUGCCGGAGUUCCCGAAAUGUCUCCUGUGGGGACCUCAGUGGUACAAGUGACAGCAACGGAUGCCGAUGAUCCUACAUACGGCAACAGCGCCCGAGUGGUCUACAGUAUCCUGCAAGGACAGCCAUACUUCUCAGUGGAGCCAAAGACAGGAGUCAUCAAGACCGCCCUUCCAAACAUGGAUAGAGAGGCUAAAGACCAGUAUUUGCUUGUUAUUCAGGCAAAGGAUAUGGUUGGUCAAAACGGAGGACUCUCUGGAACCACGUCGGUCACCGUGACCCUAACUGAUGUCAACGACAACCCGCCUCGCUUUCCUCGAAGGUCGUACCAGUAUAACGUCCCAGAAUCAUUGCCGGUGGCUUCCGUUGUGGCCAGAAUUAAAGCUGCCGAUGCAGAUAUAGGAGCUAAUGCUGAAAUGGAAUACAGAAUUGUGGAUGGUGAUGGAUUCGGGAUUUUCAAGAUUUCUGUUGACAAAGAUUCACAGGAAGGAAUCAUUACUAUACAGAAGGACUUGGAUUUUGAAGCCAAAACAAGUUACACGCUACGGAUAGAAGCUGCAAACAGAGACGCCGACCCUCGCUUUCUAAGCUUGGGACCGUUCAGCGACACGACGACCGUGAAGAUAAUUGUGGAAGACGUGGAUGAGCCCCCUGUAUUUUCGUCACCCCUGUACCCCAUGGAGGUGUCGGAAGCUACCCAAGUUGGGAAUAUCAUUGGGACCGUAGCAGCUCACGACCCAGAUUCUUCCAACAGCCCUGUGAGGUAUUCAAUUGACAGAAACACAGACUUGGAGAGAUACUUCAAUAUUGAUGCCAACAGUGGAGUUAUUACAACUGCCAAAUCUCUGGAUCGAGAGACAAACGCUGUUCAUAAUAUCACAGUCCUUGCAAUGGAGAGCCAGAAUCCAUCUCAGAUAGGAAGAGGCUACGUGGCCAUCACUAUACUUGACAUCAAUGACAACGCCCCUGAAUUUGCCAUGGACUAUGAAACCACCGUGUGUGAAAAUGCCCAGCCAGGCCAGGUUAUCCAGAAAAUCAGUGCUGUCGAUAAAGAUGAGCCAUCCAAUGGACACCAGUUUUAUUUCAGCUUAACAAUGGAUGCAACGAAUAACCACAACUUCUCACUGAAAGAUAACAAAGACAACACAGCCUCAAUUCUCACCAGGAGAAAUGGCUUCCGGAGACAGGAGCAAUCUGUUUAUUAUCUGCCAGUCUUCAUCGUGGACAGUGGAUCACCUUCACUUAGCAGCACCAACACCCUCACCAUCCGUGUCUGUGACUGUGAUGCAGAUGGGGUAGCCCAGACCUGCAACGCCGAGGCCUACGUCCUCCCUGCUGGCCUCAGCACGGGAGCCCUGAUCGCAAUACUGGCCUGUGUCCUGACGUUACUGGUGUUGAUCCUCCUGAUCGUCACUAUGAGAAGAAGGAAAAAAGAGCCCCUUAUUUUCGACGAAGAGAGAGAUAUCAGAGAAAACAUCGUUAGAUACGAUGACGAGGGUGGGGGGGAGGAAGACACAGAAGCCUUUGACAUGGCCGCGCUCAGAAACCUCAACGUCCUCAGAGACACCAAGACCCGGAGAGAUGUGACUCCAGAAAUUCAGUUCUUGAGUCGACCGACUUUUAAAAGCAUCCCAGAUAAUGUCAUUUUCCGGGAAUUUAUUUGGGAAAGACUGAAGGAAGCCGACAUUGACCCCUGCGCCCCGCCUUACGAUUCCUUGCAGACAUACGCCUUCGAAGGAAAUGGCUCGGUGGCUGAAUCGCUCAGCUCGCUAGAUUCCAUCAGCUCAAACUCUGAUCAGAAUUACGACUACCUUAGUGACUGGGGACCGCGUUUUAAACGACUCGCAGACAUGUACGGAACUGGCCCGGAGAGUCUGUACUCAUAGCCCUGGAACGUUAGUUUGAAAUGUACUGAAGAAAAAGUAAAAGCAAAAAACAAAACAAAACACCACUACAUACAGAAAACAAGAACUCCACUUGCUAGAGGAAAUGGUUGUAAAUAUCUCUCCAUUUUUAACCGUUUAGGGUUCUGCCUUGGUGAAGCAUAUCUUCAUUAGACUUAUCCAAGGGACUGCACUGACCACAGACUGAGCAUUUGAAGGCUUUUUGAUAAAAAGAAAUGCUCAGUGGUUUGUGAAUAGAUAGCAACUCUCAGAUACCUGCAAAGGCACCUAACCUCUGUAAGUAGUGCCCUGUGUUGUCAGUGUUGCCAGGGUGUCCUGUACAUACCUUCACGGUACUGGCAGGGAGGGGAAUAAAACAUGAUAUGCCAGGAUUGAAAAGUCCUGGAACUUCUUGCAUAUCAAAACUUGGGACAAAUUUAAUUUACAGUGAUGCUUUCAGCUUGCUAGAUUAGAGCAUCCAGCAGAAUUUUAUUGCUGUCAGUUAGCAAAUACAUUUUAUUUAGCAAUAUAAAUAUUCUUAGAAAAUCCUCCCCAAUCCUCCAAUACAAGCCAAUAAAAUUUGUUUUAAGGCAACAUAAACCAUUGUUUAGCAAAUAAAUUCUGAAAUGUUCCAAAUAAGCAAAAGGUAAAUCAUUCUUAAAGUUGGCAGUCGUUUUGAGAUGCUUGUGUAGGUAUGAAGAAAAGUUGCUGUCUAUUCGUUGAUUUUUUUAUUAUCUCUUCUGAUUUGUACAGGAGACUAUGUUUUCUUUUUUAUUUGACACAUGGUGUUAUAUUUAUUUUGGACCUCCAAUCUCCACUCAAUUCAGGUCCAUCUUCCUGCCUCAGAAUAUUAAGCUCAUCAGAACAUGCUGAUUUUUCUCCAGUCUGAGCUACAUGGAGGAAAUGAAGCAUGGAAAUGGAAAAAAAAAAAAUAGUAGAGCAAUUGAGGCCUGUUGCUGUUCACGUCUCAGAGAGGAACACAGCUACAAGGACGUAUAAGUUGUUUGUCUGAGCCAUUAAAAUUUACAAAACAUUGAAAGAAAGUAUUUGUACUAUAGAAGGAAGAUUUCAGAGAGAAUUGAGAUUUUCUUUGAUGCAAGAUUGAUUUUUCAAGGUCAAAUUCUAUAUGCUCCAAAGACUUUCAAGAAUGUUUUCCCCUCACCCUCUAUUGCUGUAAAAAUAUUGAGUAAAGGACAGAUUUUUUGAAUAUAUCUUAAACAAUGUAAUGUUAUAAAUUUCAAAACCCACCAUUAAAUUCUGAUGCAAAUAUGUUCCUCAAGAAUUAACCAAGCACUGUAUACUUUCUAUACCUGUUUAGAUGUGCCAAAGUGAGGAGAAAAAUUAAGUGAUCACAUGUGUUUGAGAAAGAAGAAUUUUAUGACUAAAAUAAUAUUUCUACCUAACAUUAUUUUCUAGAUUAAUACUAGUUUAAUGUGAAUAUAUUCACAUAAGAAUGAAUUUAGUUUUUUCUUUCUUUUCUCCUUUUAAAAAAGGGUUUAUUGUUGGGUUCCUAAUAAAUCUACAGAUAGUGGACACUGUAUAGGAAACUGUGUUUCUAAAAGUGCUUCUUUCUGAAAGACGAACACUGGAACAAGAAUAUCAAUCUUUUGAUUACAUGAGGAGAAACUGUAGGAUUCUGUAAAAUUGCAGCCCAUCUUUAGAAAUGAAGUAUGUGAAAGUGGCCUUCAGCUCCAUCAAAAUAAAUAGUUCAAUCAGUAUGGUUAUCUGCAAACAGUCCUUUCAUUUGAAUAAAGUUUUAUAGACAUUGUUUCAUGACUAGAUGCUUCUUGCUGUAUUAAUAUAUAUAUGAAAAAUCAAUUUUAUAAUGGUAAAUGAUACUGUUCAUGACUUUUAGUCACGUGUAAGUUUCUCAAAUUAAAAAAGUAAAGCAUAGUACACUUACCCAAUUUCAUAAAAUCAGAGUGUGGUGCAGGAAUUAUAUAGGUGUUACAUCAGCAAGCUAAUGAGAAUAGUUUUUUAAUAAUCCCCUUGUCUGCAAGAAGAUAAAAUACUUUUAGAUUAUGAUAUCAAAACUGCUGAUUGUUGCAUAAAUAUAAGUUUGAAUGUAUUUUAGAAAAGGAACAUCACAUCAUUCACCUUGCUUUCUCUCCUUUUAAAUAUAUUAUAUAUAUAUAUAUAUUUUUUUUUUUUUUUAAUUUCGUUUUUGCCAGUAAUAGAUUGGGGAAAAAAGAUUCAGAUUUAAAUAAAGAUUUGAAAUUCUUGCA